ACGGUAGCCGACCACAACACCGGGGAGCAGCAACUGUUACAUUCACGUCUGCCCGCUAAUAUAUGCAGUUUGUAUUGCUAAAUAAUACUCGCAUUAACCUAUUUUAACAGCCACUGCUUUGGCUUUAUCUGGUUUUGCUUUAGCUCUUAUAUAUUUAGACCUCCUCCCCCUCUUCCCCUCCUGCUAAUGGUUAGCCCGCAGAUGCUAUGGCGAGCUAAGGUACCUACAUUCUGCUGCAGAGGAGAGUGCACCAGGAUGAGGAGACUGUAGGCGCCCGCGGUAGUAUGGCCGCGUCCCGUUCAUCGCGUGUCACAAGGUCAUCAGUGGGUCUCAAUGGAUUGGACGAGAACUUUUGUGGUCGAACCCUUCGAAACCGCAGCAUUGCCCAGCCGGAGGAGACGUCCGUGUCUCUGCUACCAAGGGCCCGCUCACCCAAGAAGAAACAGGAGUCGAAGCACGACGGCAAGCAGGAACAGAAACAGGACCUCAAGCAAGAACAGAAACGGGACCUCAAGCAAGAGCAAAAGCAGGACAUCAAGCAGGGGUCGAAGCAAGAGUCGAAGCAGGACAUCAAGAAGGAUUCUAAUCAAGACUCUAAACACGACUCAAAGCAAGAUGUCAAAGAGGACACAAAGGACGAUGCGGAGCAGGACACUCACUUGCAAGAUGACCAGCAACAGGCCUUGGUGGAGGGAGAGGUAACUGAGUCCAGUUUUUCUCCAGCUGAGGCCAGUCAGUGGACCACCUCCAGGAAGCGGGUCGUGCCCUGUUUAGAAAAAAACAUUACCCCAGAGAAGUCCGAGAACUGUGACAUAGGGAAAGCAUUGCGAGAUCCCUCUCCUCAAGUCAAAAGGGCGAAGCGGUGCUCCCUGUCUGGAGAUUCUCAGGGACAGGACAAGGACCAUGGACUUCUAAAGUAUGAAAGCCCAGUCUCUGUUCCAGAGCCUAGUAAGGACAACAAUUGUGAAGAAUCAUCCAGCGAAACCCCUGGUAACACAGCACCUGUCUCACUUAUCCUCGGUAAACAGGAAGGUGAGUUGAGAGGGAUGAAGGCAGAGGAUGACCGUGUGGGGUUUGAUGAGGCAGAUUUGCCCCCAGAUUCUUAUAAGGCCUCUAAUGGACUCGGUGAGGAUAAAGCAGAAGAAUCUAGCAAACACACUGAACAGCUUGGUGCAAAUCCCACCUCUGCCACAGACUCCCCAUUGCUGCUGAACGGCAGCCAGAUGGGGGUUCCCUUAUCCCCCGACCCCUCUGUGCCUUUUAGAAACUCUGUCCCUGUGCAGAUGGAGGUCUCAGGCUCGGAGGAUUUGCCAGCCUCAUCUGCACUAACGUUUGAGGGCGCUCCAGAAGAUCCUGUUCCUGAGUUGAUAGUGGCCAAAGAACAGGAGGUUGAGAUAGAUUUGGUAGUUGACUCAUUGUGUCUGGCGCACGAGGAGCAGGUGACAUUGACAACAAACAUUGAGAGUGAUCCCAAUGGCCGUCUGCCAUCACCAGUGCAGAACACUCCCGCCUCAACCUCAUCCACCACGAACUGUAGUUCAAUCAACAUCAGCCACUCAGGAGAAACUACACCCCCUUCCCCCACAGAGCCAGGGAGGAAUCCCUCAAUAUCCAGCACGUCCCCUUCUUUCAGAGAGCUCUAUGAACACAGAUACACCCUUAGGACUUCACCCAGGACUGUUGUGUCUGAUGGCAAAGCAUCCCCCCCCAAACCCAGCUCUCCUCUCACAGACAGUGCACCCUUAAAGGGAGAAGGGGGGGUGGGGGACUGUAAAACAGGAGAGGAACUUGUUUGCUCAGACUCAGUCGGCCUCUCCAGUGAGGAGAUGGUUUCAUUGAAUCCUGUAGGCUUGGCAGAUGAGAAGGAUGGUGGCUUUUUGGAGGGCAAAGGGAUUGAGAGUACCAAGGAGCUGACGCGGAGCCAGGCUGCAGAGGAGGAGGAGGACGAGGAGGAAGAGGAGGAGGAGGAAGAAGAUGAGGAGGAGGAGGAGGAAGAAGAAGAAGAGGAAGAGGAGCCUGAUGUGUAUUACUUUGAAUCAGACCACCUGGCUCUUAAACACAACAAAGAUUAUCAGAGACUGCUGCAGACCAUCGGAGUCCUGGAAGCCCAGCGCACACAGGCCAUUCACGACCUGGAGAUGUUGGCAUGUCAGCAGAGUGAAGCUCUCUCUGAUCCCAUCAGCUUUGUGGAGCAGCUGCAGAAACAGGUCAAUCUGAGUUUGCCGUGUCCUCAGCGGGUCGUCCAACUUCCUGACAUUGCUUGGGAGCAGUACACCUCAGGCCUGGGUGAUUUUGAGAGGGAGUUCUGUGACAAGAAACGGAAAACCAGGCAGCUGAAGUUAAUCUUUGACCAAGGUUUGCCUCUCCGACCAAAAAGUCCUGUUGAAACCAAGAAGGAAGGUGAAUGCUCCACCAUGUACUCCUCUCUGCCCACAAGUGAUGCCCCAGAGAACGGCGGAGAGACACAAAUGAUCAGGGGGAGGAUUUGUCACCCAAAUAAGCCUGACACAUUUAACCAGCUGUGGACUGUGGAAGAACAGAAAAAACUGGAGCAACUUCUUCUUAAAUUUCCUCCAGAGGAAGUGGAAUCCAGAAGAUGGCAAAAGAUUGCUGAUGAGCUUGGCAAUCGCACUGCCAAACAGGUUGCUAGUAGAGUUCAAAAGUAUUUCAUCAAACUGACAAAAGCUGGUAUCCCUGUGCCUGGAAGAACCCCCAACCUGUGCAUGUACACUAAAAAGACCUCCAGUAAGCGACAGCACCACCUUAACAAGCACCUUUACCGACCAUCCACAUUCCUGACCUCCUACGAGCCUCCCGUCUACAUGGAUGAAGAGGAAGAGCGCUCGGCGUAUUACAACAGCAUGCAGGAUCCUUCCGCUGAUGAUUCAGAUGAUGAGAGCGUACCUGUGGAGUUAAGAAACUUGCCAGAGUACAAAGAGCUUUUGGAGCUGAAGCGGCUGAAAAAACAGAAGCUUCAGGAGAUCCAGGAGGACAACGCUGGAGUUCAGCACGUAGGCUUCAAGUGUGACGUGUGUGGAAUGGAUCCGAUCCAGGGAGUACGGUGGCACUGUCAGGACUGUCCACCAGACAACUCGGUCGAUUUUUGCUCCAACUGUUCUGACUGCUUGUACAAGACGGAGACCCACAAGCCUAACCACCACCUGGAACCAGUGCAUCAGCCUGAAACCUUCCUGGACAGGGACUACCGCCUGCCGCAGACCGCUGGCUAUAACUAUCUGGACCCUAACUACUUCCCAGCUAAUAGAUGACAGGGUUCCAAGCGGCCCUAGUUCCAGGCUCUCUCCACAUAUCCCACAGGCCACUCUGCAUGGCUCCAUCCUCCAAGUUCAAGAUAACUGCUUAACCCGCUGCCAGGCAGGAAGGCCAGCUGGCAGGCAGGCGGCGUUGGGCCUCAGCGCGGGCCUCUACUGCUGCUGGGGGGGCCGUGGGUUACUGACCUCCCUGACUUGAGCAAAGAGCGGCCAUGUCGGUUCCUUAGAUAAAAGGGUGGCCAACGCUUCAAUUCAGCCAGAUUAUUCAGUGGGUCUGUGAUUUGAAAUGAUACACUAUUUAAAAAAAAAAAAAAAAAAAAAACAACAAAAAAAACAGAAUGCACACAACAUUCCUAAAAUCUGUAAGUGGAGGAGGGCAGUCCCUGCUUCCCCUCUUCUCCCCCUUCCCCCUUUCCCUCCUGUUACCUCCCUGUGCUGCUUCGAAACUGGAGAAUUUGGUGAUGAAGUCUGGUGAAGUGCCACCUAAAUGAAACUGUGCGGUUGACCAGUGUGUCAUAGUGGACUGUCAAAUCAUCAACUGAGAUACACAAAGUCGGUUUUUAUGUGUGUAUGUGGUCGUUGUGAUAUGCAAGAUUGACAAAACUGUUUUAGUUUAGGUAUCCAUAGAUCUAGUAUUUAUGAGUCGCGGGGUGCUGUGGGAGAAGUCGGGCCGACCCCCCGCGAUGGAAGCUAGUGUGCGUUUUUGGCUGCGAACCUGGGACGUUCUGCUAAACCACACGGUCUUCUGACGACAAACCUGUAUGUGUUAAAUGGAUUGUGCGCCAUAUUUCAGCAUGGAGCCAUCCCCACCACUGUCACACGAUGCUGCUCUCGACCCCAUUCACCUUUUAAACACACACACUCGUUCAUCUGUUUUGUUUUGCUCUCUCCACUAAGACGUGUACAACAAGGAAGCACUACAACAAGGAGAGCAUUUUUUUAUUUUAAGGCAAGUGAAUGAGAACAUGAAAAAAAUCCCCAACUUUUCUUUUUUACCCCCCACAUCCCACAUGUGUGCUGAUGUUGAUCUUGUUGAGUGUUCAAGUAAAUGGUGAAAAGUAGCCACUGCUAGUUGCCGUGUGCCAUUUUAAAGAAGGUUUUUUUUUUCUUUUGAAGGGAGGUGACCGUAAGUCUGGCCACAUCUCCCAUUUUGAGAGGCUCCAUCGACCCCCUCUGUUCUAUGUUAUUGAUCUUGUCAUUAUGCCUCUAGAUCUUUAAUUUUCAGCCCACUUUAAAAGGUCCAUUUAAAAGAUUGUAUUUUUAUUAAUCUAUUUAAAAUAAAAAAAAUAAAAAAAUUGAGGUAGUGGUUGGUGCCGCCACGGUGGAACGACCCACGCAGUUUUAUACACAUAGAUUUUGUUGUGCUUGAGUAGACACCAUUUUGUAUGGUUUUUGUCUCCUUUCCUCACCCCCUUUGCCCCGCUUCAAUAUCUGUGUAUAACAGUCUGUUCUUAUGUAAAAAAAAUAAAAAAAUAUCUGUAAAAAAAAAAAAGUGCUAGAGGAGAACCGUGGAAAUAAAAGUAUGUGAAACUA